ACCUUUGUUUUGUGUAGAAAAAAGCAGAGCAACUGUGGAUAGGCUUUAAACAAUUAGGGAAAAUGUUGGUGAAGCUCCAACAUAUAGAUACCAAUUGCUUCCACAGAUUGAAUUCCAUAAAAACCUCUACACCCAACAAUCCACCACUAGUGUCAGUAUCUCCGCCAAACAAUCUCAAACCCACCAAGAAACACCAAGAUCAAGAAGUUCCUAGGAAUCCCAAUGGAGCUGUCAAGAGAUUUAGCAGAGUCUAUAAGCAAACCCAUGACCCAAAAACCCAUCUUUACGAGCCUAGCUCAAAUCCACAUGGUUCUAUCAAGAACCCAGAUGGAAAAAACACAAAGGGUAGUUCUAGAAUCGAUAACAAGAGAGCUUCAAUGGUUAAAUUGACUCCUGUUAAUGGGAAUGGUGUGGUGGAGAAGACGCAUACCAAGUGUUCGACGAAAUGGCUACGUUACGGAGGGUGUAUUCCAGCAAUUUUGGAAGCUUUGGAAACAGUUAUUGAUUUGGAUGAGGCGUUGAGGCCGUGGGAAGAGAGUUUGAGUAACAAGGAGAGGACUAUAAUUUUGAAGGAGCAAUCGAGUUGGGAACGGGCGUUGGAGAUCUUUGAUUGGUUCAAGAGGAAAGGUUGUUACGAGUUGAAUGUGAUUCACUACAACAUAAUGCUUAGGAUUCUUGGGAAAGCGCGGAGGUGGAGCUUAGUCGAGAGUUUGUGGGAUGAGAUGGAGAAGAGAAGCAUUAUGCCGAUAAAUUCUACUUAUGGUACACUGAUUGAUGUUUAUAGCAAAGGUGGGCUCAAGAAUGAAGCGCUUCGUUGGUUGGAAUUGAUGACCAAACAAGGAAUGGAACCCGAUGAGGUGACUAUGGGGAUUGUUGUUCAAACAUACAAGAAGGCAGGGGAAUUUGAAAAAGCCGAGCAGUUCUUCAAAAAGUGGUCGUUGGGUAAAUCUUCAUUUGAUGAGGGAAGAACUAGCACCCCAACAAUAUCUACCACAAUGAAUGGUGAUUCUCGGGGACAUGUUUCUUUGAGCUCAUACACAUAUAAUACCCUGAUAGACACAUUUGGCAAGGCUGGGCAACUUAAAGAAGCAUCGGAAACGUUUGCAAGGAUGCUAAAAGAUGGGAUUGUGCCAAAUACUGUGACUUUCAACACAAUGAUUCACAUAUGUGGUAACCGGGGCCAGCUGGAGGAAGUUGCUUCAUUAAUUCGCAGAAUGGAGGAGCUCCGGUGCUCACCUGAUACUAGGACGUAUAAUAUUCUUAUUUUUCUUCAUGCUAAGCAUGAUGAUAUUGAAAUGGCAGCAAAGUACUUCAGAAAUAUGAAGGAGGUUUUGAUUGAGCCGGACGUUGUGAGUUACCGCACCCUCUUGUAUGCAUUCUCAAUAAGACACAUGGUUGGUGAAGCUGAAGAUCUCAUUUUGGAGAUGGAUGAAAGGGGUCUUCAGAUUGAUGAAUUCACCCAAUCAGCUUUGACUAGAAUGUAUAUAGGAGCUGGCAUGCUUGACAAAUCAUGGUUAUGGUUCAUGAGGUUUCAUCUUGAAGGAAAUAUGAGUCCCGAGUGCUACUCUGCCAACAUUGAUGCAUUUGGGGAACGUGGGCAUGUUGAUGAAGCUGAGAAAGUUUUCAUGAGUUGCCAAGAGGGUAAAAAGCCUAGUGUUCUUGAGUUCAAUGUGAUGAUUAAAGCUUAUGGAAUCAACAAGAGAUAUGAUAAGGCUUGCCAAUUAUUAGACAGUAUGGAGGAACACGAUGUGGUUCCAGACAAAUGUAGUUACAAUUCUCUCGUCCAAAUGCUAGCUAGUGCCGAUCUGCCACACUUAGCGGUGCUCUAUGUGAGGAAAAUGCAACAGGCAGGAUUGGUAAGUGAUUGUGUCCCAUAUUGUGCAGUGAUAUCAAGCUUUGUGAAGUUGGGUCAGUUGAAAACCGCAGAGGCAGUUUUUGCAGAAAUGGUUCGAUUUGAGGUCCACCCUGAUGUUGUUGUUUACGGUGUACUGAUAAAUGCGUUUGCUGAUAUUGGAAGUGUUAAAGAAGCUAUAAGUUAUGUUGAUGCAAUGAAAGAGGCAAGCAUACCCAUGAAUAAUGUUAUAUAUUCGUCUUUGAUUAAGCUUUAUACUAAAGUUGGAUACUUGAAAGAAGCAGAGGAAACGUACAAAAUGCUACAAUCGUUUGAUGUUGGUGCUGAUGUAUAUUCUUCAAAUUGUAUGAUUGAUCUCUACAGCGAGCGAUCUAUGGUUAAACAAGCAGAAGAUAUUUUUGAGAACCUCAAGAGAAAAGAACAGGCAAAUGAGUUUUCACAUGCUAUGAUGUUGUGUAUGUACAAGAGACUUGGGAGGUUUGAGGAAGCUAUUCAGAUUGCACAAAAGAUGAGAGAAUUGGGACUUCUGACUGAUUUGUUGAGUUACAAUCAUGUGCUAGGGUUGUAUGCAUCGGAUGGGAGAUUCAAAGAAGCCGUGGGAAUUUUUAAAGAGAUGAUGGAAUCUUCUGUUCAGCUCGAUGAUUCUACAUUUAAAUCACUUGAGGUUGUCCUAAUGAAAUGUGGAGUUCCCAAGCAGGCUGUUGGCAAGAUGGAACUAACAAGGAAGAAAAAUGCUCAGAUUGGGCUGGAGGCAUGGUUAUCAACUCUUACUGCUGUGGUUUGUUUUGACAAUAAUGAAGUUGAUGAUGAUGUUUAACUCUUGUGAGCUGGGACAGGGGUUUUGAGUUUAAACACUCGAGUUAAGGUUUCAGGGCAAAGAGUUGGGCAAAGAAAGCUCAAACAGUGGCGGUAAUACCUUGCACCGAACAAUGGUGAUGACACAAGUACAUACUGUAAAAUUAGGCAAGUCCAUGAAGGGCUAUGUUACAAUUGUUUUUCUUUUAAUUCUGUGGAAUGUUAUGCAAGCAAUGAAUAUAACUUUACUAUUUGUGGCUGCUAA